UAGCCGCGCAUGCGCAUGACACAUGCACGGCUCCGCGCUAGCAAAACAACAACAGCCAGGAGGAAGGGGGAGAAGCAGCGUCGGUGAGAGGCUGAGCGUUCACGGCCGGGCCCCCCGCUCCGGAUGCUGCGUGUCCCGCGGCCGCUGCACCUCUGCAUGCUGCUGAACCGAUGAACCUGGCCAGUCAGAGCGGGGAGGCUGGCUGCGGCCAGCUCCUCUUCGCCAACUUCAAUCAGGACAACACGUCCUUAGCUGUCGGCACCAAAUCUGGAUACAAGUUCUUCUCUUUGUCUUCGGUUGACAAGUUAGAACAAAUUUAUGAAUGUACUGACACUGAAGAUGUCUGCAUUGUGGAGAGAUUGUUCUCCAGCAGUCUUGUUGCAAUCGUCAGCCUUAAAGCUCCCCGGAAGCUUAAGGUGUGUCACUUUAAAAAAGGGACUGAGAUCUGUAACUACAGCUACUCCAACACUAUCCUGGCUGUGAAGCUCAACAGGCAGAGGCUGAUAGUAUGUUUGGAAGAAUCACUCUACAUUCACAAUAUCAGAGACAUGAAAGUACUUCACACUAUCCGAGAGACCCCACCUAACCCAUCAGGCUUGUGUGCCCUCUCCAUUAGCAACGAUAACUGCUAUUUGGCUUACCCUGGAAGCGCAUCGAUAGGAGAAGUUCAGGUUUUCGACACCAUCAAUUUGCGAGCGGCUAACAUGAUCCCUGCACACGACAGUCCCUUGGCGGCACUGGCAUUUGACACGAGCGGCACCAAACUGGCCACUGCCUCCGAGAAGGGGACGGUCAUCCGCGUGUUCUCCAUUCCAGAAGGGCAGAAGCUUUUUGAGUUCAGGAGGGGAAUGAAGAGGUGCGUCAGUAUCUGCUCACUGGCCUUCAGCAUGGAGGGCUUGUUCCUGUCAGCCUCCAGUAAUACAGAAACUGUGCACAUCUUCAAGCUGGAGACUCUGAGGGAGAGGCCGCAGGAGGAGCCCACCACCUGGACCGGGUACUUUGGCCGGGCCUUGAUGGCGUCCACCAGUUACCUUCCUGCUCAGAUGUCGGAGAUGUUCAGCCAGGGCAGAGCGUUUGCCACUGUCCGCUUGCCCUUUUCGGGCCACAAGAACAUCUGCGCUCUUGCCAUAAUCCAGAAGAUCCCCCGUCUGCUCGUGGCAGCGGCUGACGGUUACUUGUACAUGUACAACCUGGACCCUCAGGAGGGCGGGGAGUGUACACUGACCAAGCAGCACAGGUUGGAUGGCAGCGUGGAACCAGCCAAUGAAAUCCUGGAACCGACAGCCCACGAUCGCCCGCUGGUGGCUCAGGGAUAUGCUGCGGCUGUGGCCAAAGGUUACCCGGAGGACCAGGGAGCCGUGGGGGGGGCUGGUUUGGAGGACGACAUGAACUCCCUGCGCCUGGACGAGGACAACGAGCAGCCGCCCAUGAUCCUGGAGACGGACUGAGCGGCUCGGGCCGUGGUGGGGGGACGGGACGCCCGGGGUGGGGGUGUGAGGGCGACUGGCUGAGGCUGCCCCUGAAACCUGUAAGUGGUGAGGGGGUUGACAGCAGUGAGUCUGACAAAACUGUGUAUGUACUGUAUGUAUAUAUAAACGUAUAUAUAAAAAAGCAGUUUUCUUACAGUGGCUCUGAAACCCAGACAACUGUAUGGUCUUUCUUAACUAAGCAGUAGUUUCCUUGAUGGGGGUGUGUGAAUUCUCCCGGCUUUGCAUGCACACGUGCCAAGUAUGUAAUCGCUAGUCGCCUUUCGCUUCGAUGCCGACUGUACAGACGCUUCCGGCAGGCCGCCCUUCUGCUCCCGUGUAUGGCUGGCGUCCACUGGCGGUGCUCUGACAGGCUUCCCAUGGGGGGAGGGGAGCCUGAACAGCAGCCCCCCCUUGAGGAUGCACCAGUAAUGGCCACUCCGCACCCAAUAGCUAGAUCUUCCCCCUGCAGCCUGUCCGCUCCUUAUAAACACAUACUCGUGUGUGGCAUGCUAAUGUGAUGGGAAUUUAUGCCCUGAGCCUGUGCAUUGUAAAUAUGGACAUGUGUAACGGAGAGGAGCGUGGGGCGUCACACGGCCUCUUCAGCGGAAGUGCGGCCCACAGUCUCCCUGGAUUGAAGAGUCGGCUUGGCGAACAACCUGGGUUAACGGACCCUGGCACCGAUGUUUCAGGCAACGCAACUGUUUUGAUGAAAUGUUGGCUUUCUUCUCAGUCUGUGACCUCUCUUCUCUGGCUUCUUAAAAAUUUCAUCCCAAGUUUUAUUUUGCGUAUUAAGGAAUGACAUAAUGUCACUCAUCUCUCUUAUUUAUUUCUUAAUUUUAAGCAAUAGUUUUCGGCUGCGCGGUAAGGGAAACACUACGAAAGCACAACAGGUUGACUGACUAUAGCGUUUCUGAUUCAUCUGAAUCCUGUGUUUUUUUCUUUUCUUUUGGAUUACGUGGUAAAAUGCACAAGUUCCAUGCUAAAGUUGAGUCCUUUUAACCUCUCUGGACAUUGGUUCUGGAUUGUUUCUCUGCAGGUUAUAUGACAUUAAUUGAUAGGUGCAUGUUUGAUAGGAGAAGUAUUCCAGAUACAUUAGAACCUGCAGCCUGAAUUCGUCCCAGCUGACUGGUUCAGUGUAUGGGACGGGCUGGUCCUGGCCAAUCAGGGCAGAGAAAACCUUACUUGUUUGAGCCCUGAAGAUGCUGAUUGGUGGUUUAAGAUUAUUCAAGUUUUCUUUCCAUCACUUUCUCACGGUAAACCCAAGAGUGCAGUGCACUGUAGACAAAUAUCACACAGGUCAGGGUCUUUAUAAAACUGUGUUUCAGUCUCCAUUCAUGCAGUGGAACGCGUACUGUUGCUAUGAUGUUAUUCGUGUUGGUGAACGAGGCAGUUUGGCUCUCAUAUGUUCAGUUAAUCCAAACAUAGCAGACUAACAGCUCAUUGUAAAGAAUGGUUUUUCUGUUUGAGAAUCAGACUGCUGAAGAUAGACCAUGGUGUUUUCUAAUGAUUUUUUUUGUAUAAAAUGUGAAUUGUUCCUCAAACUGACAUUCUGUGUGAGUAAAUAAAAAAGUCAAUGUACUUAAAA